CAGAGAUGGGCUGUCGUCUUUUCUCUCCUGAGAGCACAAAGAAUAGAUUUUUCUUUGCAGCUAACUUUCCUUUUUUAUUCGAAAUUUCCCCUUUUCAUUUUUAAUCUUUUUUUGUUCUAUUUUGGGGGCUCGUUGUUAUCCUCUGCUUUCUUUAGAUUAGAAAGCUGUGAUUUUGAUGAAGACGAUGGUUUGAGGAGGCUGAAGGGGAUUAGGGUUUGUUUGGUUAGGUUUAGGGUUUACUCUGCGAGAGGGGAAUCAUGUCGCAGGCUAAUUGGGAAGCUGAUAAGAUGUUGGAUGUCUACAUCUAUGAUUAUCUAGUGAAGAGGAACUUGCAGCAAUCUGCAAAAGCAUUUCAAACUGAAGGGAAGGUGUCUUCAGAUCCUGUGGCUAUUGAUGCUCCUGGUGGUUUCCUCUUUGAAUGGUGGUCUGUGUUUUGGGAUAUUUUCAUUGCUAGGACCAAUGAGAAGCACUCUGAUGUUGCAGCAUCCUAUUUAGAGACUCAGUUAAUUAAAGCCCGGGAACAGCAGCAGCAGCAGCAGCCCCAGAAGCAACAGCAGCAGCAGCAACAGCAACAGCAGCAGCAGCAGCAGCAACUUCAAAUGCAACAACUUUUGCAGAGGCAGGCUCAACAACAUCAUCAUCAGCAACAGCAACAACAACAGCAGCAACAACAGCAGAGAAGGGAGGGAUCUCACCUUCUUAACGGAUCUGCAAAUGGCCUUGCUGGCAAUGACCCUUUGAUGCGACAGAACCCUGCAACUGCCAAUGCCUUGGCAACAAAGAUGUAUGAGGAGCGACUUAAAUUGCCUCUUCAAAGGGAUUCUAUGGAUGAGGCAUCUAUAAAGCAAAGGUUUGGAGAAAAUGUUGGCCAGCUGAUGGAUCCUAAUCACGCGUCUAUGUUGAAAUCAGCUGUGACAUCAGGGCAGCCUUCAGGGCAAGUAUUGCAUGGUUCAACUGGUGCUAUCUCAGGAGCCAUACAACAAGCCCAAGCAAGGAACCAGCAACUUCCAGGUUCUACACAGGAUAUUAAACCUGAGAUGAAUCCUGUGUUGAAUCCUAGGUCUGCGGUUCCUGAUGGCUCACUAAUGGGAGUACCAGGAUCAAGUCAGCCGGGUAGUAAUUUGACAUUGAAAGGGUGGCCCCUCACACUUCGUUCAGGAAUUCUUCAACAGCAAAAGUCGUUUAUGCAGUCCCCCCAACCAUUUCAUCAACUUCAGUUUCUGACUCCACAGCAGCAGCAAUUUCUGCUUCAAGCACAACAGAACUUGCCAUCUCCGUCGGCGGGUGACAUUGACAGCAGAAGGUUAAGAAUGCUACUCAGCAACAGAAAUAUUAUUCCAGGGAAGGAUGGUCAGUCAAACUCUGCUGGUGACGUCAUUCCUAAUGUUGGAUCUCCUGUGCAAUCUGCGUGCACUGUUUCACAACGUGCAGAUACUGAAAUGUUGAUUAAGUUGAAGAUAGCUCAAUUGCACCAGCAGCAACAACAAGGUAACAGUCCGCAGCAGCAGCUUCAACAGGCAGGUAUAUCAGGUCAGCUGUCACAAAAUUCAAAUCAUCAUCUUCAACAAGAAAAGAUUGGUGCUGGUAGCGUAACAAUGGAUGGUAGCCUCUCAAACUCCUUCAGAGGAAAUGAUCAGAACUCAAAGAACCAAACUGGGCGCAAGCGCAAACAACCUGUCUCAUCCUCUGGACCAGCCAAUAGUUCUGGAACUGCAAAUACUGCUGGUCCAUCUCCAAGUUCAGCUCCUUCAACACCGUCGACACACACUCAUGGAGAUGUUAUUUCAAUGCCAACACUGCAACAUAGUGCUAGUUCGUCUAAGCCUUUAAUGAUGUUUGGUUCUGACGGGGCUGGAGCUCUAACAUCUCCAUCAAACCAGUUGGCUGAUAUGGAUAGGUUUGUGGAGGAUGGUUCGUUGGAUGACAAUGUGGAGUCUUUUUUAUCUCAUGAUGACACAGAUCCAAGGGAUACUGUAGUUCGAGGCAUGGAUGCUGCUAAAGGGUUUUCAUUUAAUGAGAUUGGAUUCACCCGUGCAAGUACUAGCAAAGUUGUUUGCUGUCACUUUUCAUCAGAUGGAAAAUUGCUUGCCACCGGUGGCCAUGAUAAAAAGGCUGUUUUGUGGUACACUGACACCUUAAAGCCAAAAUCUACAUUGGAAGAACAUUCGUUACUGAUAACUGAUGUUCGCUUCAGCCCAAGCAUGCCCCGUCUGGCAACUUCUUCUUUUGACAAGACCGUUAGGGUUUGGGAUGCUGAUAAUCCAGGGUAUUCUCUACGUACUUUCACUGGGCAUUCUGCAUCUGUUAUGUCACUUGAUUUUCAUCCUACUAAAGAAGAUCUGAUAUGCUCAUGCGAUGGAGAUGGUGAAAUACGCUACUGGAGUAUCAAUAAUGGUAGUUGUGCCCGAGUUUUCAAGGGGGGUACAACACAAAUGAGAUUUCAACCUCGUUUUGGUAGAUAUCUGGCUGCAGCUGCAGAGAAUAUUGUAUCAAUAUUGGAUGCUGAGACUCAGGCUUGUCGGCAUUCUUUACAGGGACACACUAAACAUGUGGAUUCUGUUUGUUGGGAUCCUUCGGGUGAAUAUUUGGCUUCUGUUAGUGAGGACUCGGUCAGAGUUUGGUCACUUGGUUCAGGAAGCGAAGGCGAGUGUGUGCAUGAAUUGAGCUGCAACGCCAGCAAAUUCCACUCAUGUGUUUUCCAUCCAACCCAUUCAUCUUUGCUGGUCAUUGGCUGUUACCAGUCUCUUGAGCUAUGGGACAUGAUGGAGAACAAGACCAUGACUCUAACAGCACAUGAAGGUUUGAUCGCGUCACUUGCAGUUUCGGGUGUCAGCGGAUUGGUGGCUUCUGCAAGCCAUGAUAAAUUUGUGAAGCUCUGGAAGUAGUAGCAACUACAUACUCUCUAAAACCAAAAGAAGCUAGCAGAAACUAACUCCCAUAGGUUUCUUUUGUUUUAGGUCUCGCUCAAGGACUCUUUUGCUAUCAAUAUUUACUUGAUCUUCUAACGCGGGAGACUUUGUUGCGUCAUAUGCAUCUAGGCUCUAACAUGUAUGUUUUUGUUGGUCCUUUUCUUUUUGUUGUUCUUGUUGUCGUCGGUGUAUUUGCUACAGUUGAACCUCUCGUUUCCAGUAUAUGUUGGUUAGUGCAAGCAAGUUUUUUGUAUAUACUUUUAAGAGAUUAUAGUUUGCAACUAUCUCCAUAGUGAUCUCUUUGCGGUC